AUUAGGGCCAACCAGCGAAAAUACCCAAACGUAGAACAUUCCAUUCGUGAAAACCCGAAUAAAUCCGCCCUCCACUUUCGAGGGGUCUCUCAACUAAAUUUACCGGCAGACAUCUCCCAUCAGAUUGGUUAUUUUAUGAUGUCGAAGUUAACAGAAGGGAUGGAGCAGUGGAAGAUUGAAUUAGAGCAAUUGUUGCAACAAGGAAUUGAAUUUGCUCGUCAAAUUCCUCCGACUCAACUCUAUGCUGCUCUCGGUGUCUUGCUCUUUACCACCACUCUUCUUUUAUUCUUUCAAUUGUUCAAACGCUCAAAGUCUAAUACCAUUGUACUCACUGGGCUAAGUGGAAGUGGGAAAACGGUUAUUUUCUAUCAGCUUCGGGAUGGUUCUUAUCAUCAGGGUACUGUUACAUCAAUGGAGCCAAAUGAGGGCACUUUUGUGCUGCAUACUGAAAGUAGUAAGAAGGGCAAAGUAAAGCCUGUACAUCUUGUUGAUGUUCCUGGACAUUCCCGUCUCCGACCCAAAUUAGAAGGGUUUUUGCAUCAAGCAGCUGGCAUAGUGUUUGUUGUGGAUGCUGUGGAAUUCUUGCCAAACUGCCGUGCAGCUUCAGAGUACCUGUAUGAUAUCUUGACAAACUCAAUUGUUGUCAAAAAGAAAGUUCCAGUUCUCAUUUGUUGUAACAAGGCAGACAAAGUGACGGCACACAGCAAAGAGUUCAUCAGAAAACAAAUGGAGAAGGAAAUUGAUAAGCUAAGAGCAUCAAGAAGUGCAAUAUCAGAGGCUGAUGUUACCAAUGACUUCACUUUGGGGAUACCAGGAGAGGCGUUUGCAUUCUCUCAGUGCCAUAACAAAGUUACAGUUGCAGAAGCUUCUGGUUUGACUGGGGAAAUAUCUCAGAUAGAGCAGUUUAUUAGGGAACAUGUGAAACCCUAGGCGGCAGUCAUGCCAUAAGAAUAUAAGAUAUUUGUGAAGUUUCUGCUAUGAAAAAAAAAAACUUUUUGAGUACAGCCUCAACCAUUGUUAAAAGAGGUAAAGGAGGCUGAAGAAAAUCAAUUAUUAGCCAGAGAAAAGAGGAAAGGGGAGAUCUUAAAAAAGGAGAGAAACCCAUUCCGGUUCGUGUUAGUAUUUGAUCAGUAGAUUUGCUUGAAACAAUCAUAAAUGAGAGAUGAGAUGGUUUGGUGUUAAAAUGAA